AUGCAGUCUCUUCUCUUUUUGUUGUCGGUGUUGAAUGCGCUGACUGCUGCUUCACCAACGCCCAACUCUGUUACAGUUCGUGCUUCUACUGGUGUCUACACUGGUGUCAUUAACUCGACAUUCCCCAAUGUUCGUGCGUUUGUCAGUGUGCCCUAUGGUCAGGACACCUCAGGCUCGAAUCGUUUCAUGCCGCCAUUGGCAGUCCCCCUUUCUGGAGGCCACAUCGACGCGACAGAGUACCCACCAGCCUGCCCACAGUAUGUGACCGGCAUAAAAAAUAUCUGGAAUCAAGAGAUCCGGCAAUAUCUACAAUAUUGGGGUGUAACGAACCUGUCGGCUGGAAUCUCGGCUCCAUUUGCAUCAGAAGACUGUUUGAAACUGGCGAUCUGGACGCCUGCAAACGCGACGAGUGCGUCGAGGUUGCCGGUGGCAAUGUUCUGGACAGGAGGUGGCUGGCAAACCAAUGGCAUUCUUGUUCCAGGCCAGCUUCCCCAGCGAUGGGUCAGUCGGUCACAGAGCCAUAUUGUCGUGACAAUCAAUUACCGUAUGAAUAUCAUGGGCUUCCCUAAUGCCGCAGGUCUGCAGAGCCAGAAUUUGGGAAUUAUGGAUCAGCGUUUGUCUCUAGAGUGGGUGCGAGACAACAUCGCAUAUUUCGGUGGUGACCCAUCUCGCAUCACGAUCUGGGGACAGUCAGCAGGGGCCUCUGCCGUCGAUUACCAUAACUAUGCCUUCCAUGAUGAUCCCAUUGCUCAUGCCUUCUUCGCUCAGUCUGGUAGUGCCCUUGGCUUUCCAGGCGGAGCCCCUGACACGGAUCAUACGAAUUUCACGUUCGUGGCCAAGCAUGUCGGCUGCGACUUUGCCGAUAACGCAACACGGGAGUUAACGUGUAUGCAAGACAAGGACUAUGACGACAUCAUCAACUUCAUGGGCCAGUACCAGGAUAACAACACUCUGGUCAACCCGCAACAGCCAAGGAUCGCUUUCAGCCCAGUGCCUGAUCAACAGCUAGUAUUCAGCAAUUACACCGAGCGAUAUUUGACAGGAGGAGUCACCAAGGCACCGAUGAUAUACUCCAGUGUCGCAAAUGAAGGAGGCAGUCUGUCAACGUUCCCCGCCGAUAACCCGGAGCAAGGUAUCAAUCAGACCGCCGCAAACCGUGUGACUAUAUCCGUAAUCUGUGGCGCUGCAGCCUCUGCUGCACUGAGAAAUAGUAUUGGUCUGCCCACAUAUCGCUAUCAGUAUGCAGGUAAUUGGACUAACCAGGAUCCUCUGCCAUGGAUGGGAGCAUACCACUCGAGUGAUUUGGUUAUGCUGUUCGGUGCCUAUGACAACGGUGAAGGUCCUGUAAAGGAACAAUUGGAGGUCACUACAAGUGAGACGAUGCAAGACAUGCUGCUAGCUUUCGUCAAAGACCCCUGGAACGGCCCACCUGUGGCUGGUUGGCCACAAUAUGAUUCGACUGAUAGUCAUGGCGGGAUAUUGCUGCGAUUUGGGGCUGAUGGAAAGGCAGUUCAGCAGGUUGACGGCAACACCGUGCAAGCUGUGUGUUAUGGAAAUGGCACAUAUGAUGCAUUUCCAUGA